ACACCGCCUGUCACUUGUCCCUUGUCAUUCCGCCAAAAAUGACGAUUUAAUAUUUAAUUCGGAAUUCUGUUUUUGAGGAUGGAGCACGACGAAAUCGUCCUGGAAGAAGGCGAGUUGUCUGACGAUUCUGAUACUUAUACCCCUCUGGAGCGACCCGCGGACUACUCAGGAAGCCAGCCAAAUCCGCGCUUUCCGGUGGUUCUGCCGGAGUCCGAGAGCGAAGCGGAGUUGCAGUCGAGCGAUUCGGACAGCGAUUCAGACUGCAACCGGAAAAAAAGCAAAAAACCCAAGAUUAAGCUGAAGCCGAAGCUGCAGCAGCCAAAACGCAAAAAGUAUGAUAUUUGGAGCACGAGGGUGCAGGAGGAUGUGCUCGCGGAGACGCUAAAUAGCUGUGAUGUUACCAUUAAGGAUAGGUCACGGGAUGUGGAGAGUUAUGAUUAUUUGAGUCACAGGGUUAGUAAUAAGAGGACAAGGGAUGAUAGGAAGAACCCGCAGAUUAGGUCUGUGGGGAGAAGCAGGAGCCAUGAACGAACGAAGGGAAAUGCCAGGAAAAUCCAGGAGCUUGCAGUGGAUGGGUCAAAUACUCCAGAGGAAAUCGCUAGGGAUGUAGCUACUAAGUUAUCUGAAGAAAAGGAAGAACUGAUCUUACGAGUUAUCAACACUUUGGGUGUAGACAAAACAUUCAACAUCUUCAAAGAGACAAAACGGAUAGAAGAGGAAGGUGGUAUGCUCAUCAUGAAUCAAACCAGACGCAGGACCCCCGGCGGCGUCUUCCUCUUCCUAGUUAGGCACGACGAUGACAUAACCCCUGAGCAAAGAAGCAAGAUCUUCGACGACGACCGAGAGAAAGCCAAAGUCAUGAUGAGAAACAAGCAGAAGAAAAAACUGAAGAAGUUGAAGGACGAUAUUGCCGCUUCCAAAAACAAACUUCUGCCGGAUUUGCUAACAAGGGCUGAAUUAUUGGCAAAAGAGAAUAAUCGCGUAAGAAAAGAGACUGAUGAAAGGGACGUAAUUAACCCACCGCCGACCCCCGAGACAGAUGGACACGAAAACAGCGGCGACGGCAUGGAUGCCAGUAAUAACGGGAUUGAAGCUCCUGAGAAUCGUAGGAAAUGUGAGGCGUAUGAUGAUGAUUUUCUUGAUAUCACGUCAAAUGAUAUGGAUUUGUUCUGAAGUUAUUUAUUUAGAGUUAUGGAAAAUCUAACAUCUGCAACAAAUAAAGUUAUUACUAUUUUCA